AUGGAAUCUCAGAAGAAACACAUCAAGUUUAUGGCUCAGAAAUACUUGGACAGCAGCCAGAAAAAGACCCCUCAAACAUCAUCCAUGUAUAAAAGGCAGGUACAAUCGGGUCAUCGAGGCAGAGAAACUAGUGGGACCCCCUUAUUCCCAGACAUUCAUGGUGGAAAGAUAAACAGUAAGUAAACAAAAGCCCAAGGCCGGAUGCAGUUCCUAUUGAACACGGACAGUCCUGGCCCAGCAGCGUACUCACCUCCCACGAUGGCCUGCAGAGAGACUAUCGCCCCGUCCUACACGUUUGGUUGGAAGACCCCCCCUCGAGAAGGCGGAGGGCGCCGCGCGUGGCAAAAGUCUUGGUUCAUGAGCAACAAUCCCUUCUGGAGGAAAGUGGACUUUAACACCGAAACCAACUGGCCUUCUCCUUCACAGUACGGUCAACUCUUAGGAACUAAAUCUGCCAACCGGCCAAACACCCCAAAUUUCACCUUCGGCCAGAGGGGCGAGUUGUCUUUGAUCAACAAAGGCACCGUAGAUGAACCAAGCCCCAAUCAAUAUAACAUCGAACGUGCCUACACGCUUAUGCUUCACCGGUCACCAUCCAUCAUCAUCAACCCUGUCCCAGUCACUCUGUUCAGAUGGGUUGAAAAAGAGGGGACUCCAGGUCCAGGGGCUUACAACGUAGACAAAGGGUACAACGCUCGUUUGCCCAGGUGCCCAGGCUUCUACAUCCAAGGUGUGAGACGGCCAAAGAAGCACGAAACAGGCCCAUUUUCAACACUGUGAAGCUACCACCAACAACAGAACUAGUCUGGGCUCCUUCCCACUCCGUUUCUGCUCCUUGUAAUAUCUGUGGGCUGCUUGCGGUUAAUA